UGUCCCUGUGUGUGAGGGGUUCCUGUCGGGUGAGGAUUGGGAUGGAGUGAAAUUCCCUUUGGAUUUGGAAAUAAAGAGUCCCCAGCCGCUGUGCUUAGGAGAAAAACCCCAACACAAGACCUUUCAAACUGUCAAUAUCUAUGUCAUGUUUAUGUAUAUGCAAAGUACACAGCCUGUGCUGUAAGAAUGGACUUUGUUACACGCAGCCAUAGUUCAUGUUAAUAUCAUUCAGUGUGGUUGCAUUUAUUUUCUCCAUAUACGAAUGAUACUAUGAGAGUAUUUUUUUUCUUUUUCAAUACAUAUUCAGCUCUUAAAUUCUGACAUCCUUGCUGUUUAUUCUAACUGCAAUCUAUGCUCAGCUUCUGAACUAACUUUGCUUCUAUCUCAUUCUGACUUUAUUUUUGUAAAUAAACGGGAAUUUCUUUUUGGUGGGAUCUAACUCAGAGAAUACAUUGAUUUCCUCGGGCAUUGAUGCAUUUACCAGCUGAAUCCCAGGCUGGUUUGGGUUGGAAGGGAUGGUAAAGCUCAUCUCAUUCCUCCCCCACCACGGGCAGGGACACGUUCCGUAGAUCAGGUUGCUGGGUAUGAAAUGGAAAUUGAUUUGCUUUUAAUCACUCCACACAAAUUACCUGACUUGAUUUCUUCCUCUCUCUCUCUCUCUGUUACUUUUGUGUCUUGUUGAAACAGCUGCACAAAAAUUCCAGCUGCAGCUGGCACUGAUUGCAAGCUUGGAGAGCUUUAAAACUACUUGGAAUUUGAUCCACGCUGGUUCCUGCCCCCACAGGCUGUGGGCAGUGACUCUGCUGGAGCCCCAGCCACACCUUCUGUGCAGAAAUUGCUCAUGUAACAUGAUUAAAAAUCCAGUAAUUUUGAACAGCUUUUAAAUAUGAAGUGAGUUUCAUAUAGAUUUGGUGGUAGUAAAAAUAGCUUUCAUUUUGCCUCCAUGAAAACCUGAAGUUUUUCAUGAAAUACAGGAGAAAAGGAGGGAAGAGAGAUAAUUUUACAGACUUCAUUGAACCUCUAUGGCCAGAAUUACUCCAAACCUAAUUUCUAAGGCACAACAUGAUUUCCUACUGGCAGGGGGCAGGGUUAGAUUGGAUAUUGGAAAUAAAUUUUCCCUGUGAGGGUUGGGAGGCACAGGGUGCCCAGGGAAGCUGUGGCUGCCCCUGGAUCCCUGGAAGUGUCCCAGGCCAGGCUGGACAGGGCUUGGAGCAGCCUGGGAUGGUGGAAGGUGUCCCUGCCCAUGGCAUGGAUGAUAAUUUGUGUCUUGCUCCUGUCAUUAAACAGUGUCUUUUUAGACUCUUUCAUCUCGUACUUAGGUGAGAUUCAGCUUCUGCUUCGCUGGGGGUUUUUAAAUUCUGAGAAAAAGGAAAUUUAGAAAAGUCACCAACAGAAAACUCUUCAGGCUGUGUGUGGGCUGGAUCCUGCGCUGAGGGGAGGGCUCAGUGCAGGACCUGGGCUUCAGCUUGGAGAGGACACCUAAAACCACCAUGGGAGCACCUGGGACGUGCCAGAGGUUAAUAUUUUAACCCCUAAAGAGUGGGUUUGGUCAACGAGCAACACGAUUGUGCAGAGCUGUCCCUUGGCUGCUGCCUUCAGGUUGGCACAUUGUGCUGUCUGCACGUCACAGACACAGGGUAUUUCAUCAAAAUCCGGGUGAAAGGAAGUUGCCAACUUCCCCCCCAUCAGUGGCACAUCACCAGACUCUAAAUUUAGCUGUGCCUCUCCAAAGGGGAAGUGGUGCAAGUCCACGGGUCAGCUGAGCCCCUGCCAGUGGAAGCGUGGCUGGAAUUCGGUUCCGAUUUCGCUCUGCCCUGCUCAGCCCUGACCCUCUGCUCCUCCCCAGUGUCCCACUCUGGCUGUCAGCAGCUCCUCAGCAUCACACCGUGGUCAGAAACAUCUCAAUUCAUUUUCAGACAUCCUCUUUUAGACGUCGCCCUCUCUUUGUGUUCAAAAACCGCGCCCUCUCCCAGCGGGAUCACUUCUGUUUUACCAGUCAGAAAUGCUGGGGAGUUGCAUCAUGAGUGCGUCAGGCUUUUCUGCACAGACAGCAGUGAGGGAAGGCUGUGGAACCAUCUGCCCCCUCCCAGCAGCUCCACAGGACAGCUCUGGGCUCGGGGAAAUCCACUUGGGACGCGACUGGGCUUGUUUAUAAAGCACAAUCUGCCUCAAGUAGCCACGAUGAGGAAGAGACCUGGGAGCAGAAGGGAUGUUACAGAUGAAGCAGCUGAUUGAAGCCCUUCCUGUAUCUUCAGAAUGAUUUUUGUGGACAUGGGCUCCAUGGAACUCUGGUGAUCCCUGCUGCUCACACUUGUCACCAUGCUGGCAGAAGGCAUCCUAAUGAGGCUCAUCUAUAGAGAAAGCUGUCAUCAAGAUAAGCCUCGCAAAUCUCCUGCAUCCCAAAAGGCUAAAGAGGGACUCUGGAGACAGAAACUUGUAGACAUCCCAAAAAUUAAAGGCUUUGCUGAGGGAUGUGAGAAGCGGGAGGAGCUCUCUGCCAGAAGCAGCAAAGUGGAAGCCGGGAGCAGCCCUGGAUGGGGAUCCACAGAAAAGGAGCCUGGGAAGGAUCAGGAAAUGCUGCUCAAAGGAACUGCAUCCCCAGCUGUACAUAUCCCCAGGAGAGGAGGGAGCCCAGAUGAAGUGGAUUUGUACAGAUCCUGGCCUUGCAACAGCAUUUACCAGAACUACCCUGACCUGCAGAUCGGGGGGGACCGUGUGGGGGGCCACACGUGUGACUCGGGCUGUGUGCUGGACCACGUGUGUGAUGAGCUCCCCGACGGCCCCGUCCUGCUCUCCAUAGAUAUUCCCCUGGGUCAGUCCCCUCUCUGUGAGCAUCCCAAAAAGCCCAGUGGGAUGUCCCUGCCUGGAGAUGAAGCUGGAGAAAGGAGCCUCCUGCUCAGUGAGGAGCCCCUGUCCAACUCCACGCUCAACAAGUACAUGGAAGCCAAAGUGGCAGAGCUCUACAAACAGUUUUUUGAAGAAAGCCUGGCCAGGUGUGGUUCCAUAACAAACCUCCUGACCUGCAGCUGGAUAAGGAACAGCCUGGACCAGAUAAGUGUUCAGAUCUCCCAGGAGCAGAACAUAGAAACCUCCAAAGCCAGAGGAGCCCUCCUGCACUCGCUGGCUUUGUUCAGCUCCCGCAACGCUCCCAACAGGAACAGCUCCGAGUUCAGCACCCCAAACCUCCAAAUCUCCAACACAGGGGUUGCAAAAUGGAGCUGCAGGAGGGAAUUCACAUCCUGACUGAGCUGCUCAGCUCAGGAGAGGGGUGGGAUUCAGGUAUGAAUGGUUCACUCCAAGGAUUAGGUUGGGAAAUGGAAACAUUUGUACACUACACUUGUUCUGAUUAAUAUUUUAAGUCUUAAACCCCUUUGGUAGCAGGGCAAGUAAAGGUCACUGUUUUCUGUUUUCUAAUGGAGAAUUUUAAAUUAAUUUCUCUCCAAAAUACUGGUUAAUCAUGUCGCUAUAACACAUACAGAAUCAUAGAACUGUUGAAGUUGGAAAUGACCACUAAGAUCAAGUCCAGCCAUCAACCCAGCACCACUAAAUCAUGUCCUCAGGUGCCACAUCCACACAUAAAAGCAUUAAUUUUCUGCAAAAGCAGCAAGCAAAGAUGACUGCAGCAUUCCUGAAAAAAAGUGCAAGAUUCCUGCAUCUUCAUUUGGAAAUUUAAAUGCAGAUUUUCAUAUGGAAAUACUGCUGUUUAGCACUCAAACACAUUUUCUCCCUUUGCUCUUGCUUCUCAGCAAAUAUUUCAGCUGGAAAUGAUUCAUUAUGUCACCACUGUAAAAUGAUAGAUGAAUUGGACUGUUACCUGCUCUGCAGAAG